CUAUAAUCUAUAUACGUAUCUUCUCCCUCUCUGAAUCACUGCUGCACUGCACUGACCACUAACCCCAACGGAGAAAAUUCUAAAAGAUUUGGGCAGCCGGUCUACUCUGUUUUGACUCAUUUUGCAGCCUCUUGCAUUUUGCGGAAAAGUGAUCUUUGGAGAUCAGUUCGGUAACACCCAUUACGUCCCGGUAUUGAUACACAUUACGUAAAAUCUAGCAACAUUCUGAAGUCAACAACAAUGGCAACGAAGGCCGACGAGAUGAAAUUGGAUAUCGAGGAACUCAACAGGUUACUCGAGCAGGCCAAGAGACAACGAAUCAAAGAUACAUUAACGCUGGAAAUUAGGAAGCUGCAGACGGAGAUGGCAAAGUUACAGGAACAGAAAGGUACAUCCGCGACAACUCCUUCGCUCAACACUGCCCAAAAGUGCUACGAGGUGAAACUGAACAACUACGGGUGGGACCAGACGAAAGGGACGAUGAAGAUUUACAUAACGCUGAGCAACGUUCAUCAGCUGCCCAAGGAAGCCGUCGUCUGUAAUUUCACAGAGAGAUCUCUGGAUCUGCGCGUACUCGGGCUGGAAAACAAAAAUUAUCACUUGCCGAUUAACAAUCUGUGCGCGGAGAUCGACACCGAGAAGAGUGACUUUAAAGUGAAGACCGACAUGAUCGUCGUGUCGCUCGUGAAGAAGGUCGCAAAGGAUUGGUCGCACGUCACGUUGGUGGAGAAGAGAAUCAAGGACGCCAAGUCGCCGUCCAUGCCCGAGCUGGGCGAGGACAGCGAUCCCAGCGCCAGCCUGAUGAAUCUUAUGAAGAAGAUGUAUCAGGACGGUGACGACGAGAUGAAGAAAACGAUAGCGAAGGCGUGGACCGAGAGCCAGGAGAAACAGAGGAUGGACAAUGCGACGUUGAACUUGUAAUUUCAGUAUCGAUCUAAUCUAAAUACGUUUUAUGUAUUUCUUUUUUUUUUUUUUUUUGAUACGUUAAGAAGGUAGUAUGUAAUAAGUGUAAAUUCUAGAAUAAUGCUCAAGAAAACGAGAAUAUAGAAAAGCAUACAUAUUUGUCCUUACUUCGCCGUAAAGAGAGUAAAUAAUGGCAUUGAUGUAACUACAAGUUUUCAAUCUUAAGCAGAUUAAGAAAAGUUUCUUUAACCUAAUUGCAAAAUUGAA